AUGCAAUCCCAGUUUGAUAAAACGAAGACCAUGGUGGGGAAAGGACCAUACACUGAAAAUGCCCUACAAGAGUUUGUGAAGUUGAUCUGCAAGUUUUAUGCAGGCAAGGUGGAUGGUGAACGGCUGGUAUGGCUGUGUCAGCUGCUGGUGAAGCAUAAGGACGUCUACCUGAGAAUUCUCACCAUUGACUGCACUCAGGGACACCAGCAGAUCAUGAACAUCUUGGCACUCUGUCUCAGAUAUCUGACGAGUAUUGUUGACAGUGAACAGUCCAUAGCAAUCCCCAUGCGUAUGUUGGAGGUAUUUACAACUCCUACCACUUUACAAAACCCCAACUUCCUUAAGACCCUGUGGCGAUGUCUCAUUGAAAAGGGUAAGCAGAUGUAUUUUCAUCGCAUGCGUUACCUGUUGGAGCACAAGGUGCCAGGCAACUUGGAGAGGGGACCCCAGCAACCCACACCGGCGGCUGGCAGAAUUCUUGACCUGGUCAUGCAGCCCAUCUGCUAUGCUGCACAGUGUAAAGACUCCACAUUCAGUCAACAGGUUCUUAGUUACGUGUGCAAGACGUUGCUGUAUCCAGCCUACUCAGUGCAGGUCUCACAGUUCCUCAUACCUGCAAUGGCGUACGGCAAAUACCCAUUUCCCUUUGUGGAUCUGAUUACAACCUUGAUAACAGGGAGCAAAGAACAAGGUGCUGGGAAGAACAAAGGCUCCGGCCAGUCUUCUACCGAGAAGCCUGCACCUAUUGAAAAAACAGCAUGGCUUCUGGCUUACUCAGAGCAGGUAUCACAGUUCCUCAUACCUGCAAUGGCGUACGGCAAAUACCCAUUUCCCUUUGUGGAUCUGAUUACAACUUUGAUAACAGGGAGAAAAGAACAAGCAAUUGGUGCUGGGAAGAACAGGGGCUCCGGCCAGUCUACUUCGAAGAAGCCUGCACAUAUUAAAAAAACAUCCUGGCUUCUGGGUGAAUUUGUCACUCUUGGGGCUAAAGCACUGGAUGAUCUUCCCCACUCUGCAGUGUGUGGGUACCUGCAGGUGAUACAGUGGUUACUGCCUUCAUUGCCAGCAGCCCGUGAGGAUGAUGAUGAUGAUGACGAUGAUUCUGAUGAGGAAGAGGACAUGGAGACAGAUGAUGAUAGUGAGCUGGCAGAGGUCAGGGAGGCGUGUCUGUCAGCCCUGGACUCACACACACACGUCAGCCAGAUAGUGGGACUGGUGGGGAAGGUUCACUGCAAGGCACCCGUACUGCACGCUGUAGCCGUCAUAUGUCACUGUUUGAUCAGCCAGCACAGAUACUCCAUCCAUAGAAGAAGAAUGCUGUUCAGCCUUGCUUACAAUCCGACAUUUAUAAGAAAUCUGUGGAAAUUUUGUGUUCAAGAAUCCACGGUCACCCAGACCAGGGAGACCAAGCCCCUUAUUCACCUGCUUAGCUGCAGUCAGGCUAUGGAAGAGAGUGACAUGGCUCGUAUUGUCCCACUGCUGUCUACAUUCUGCUCCAUGUUCAGCCAUUCUCUCCACACACUGCACGAUGCUGACUUUUAUGGGGGUAUCAAAGGUCCUGGAUCAAGUAUGCCGUUUGAAUUGAAAGAAGUAGAGAAUAUGUCCGUGGCGUUGAAAGAUGUAUGUCUGGGCAUACUAGAGCUGGCCCAUCCAGACGCCAGGCCAACAGUCAAUGAUGACUACAGACGUGUUCUUGCUAAUAAACGCCAGAGGAAGUGGGGAAGUUUGUUUAAGGUGGUUGCUGGCCUUGUUCGGCAAAUACAUACUAGAGACUCAAGAAAGUCAUUCUGUGGCAAAAAUCAUUGGCUAACUGACAGGUUCAAAAUAAUUGCAGAUGCACCAUCACAGAUCUACGGUUCUUCCAUGUUGGUCCGUCGCCCAUUUGUUACCAUGCAGUGGUUGACCCGUAUCAACGCGGAGGAAGGCGGACCACCGCUGUCAAACAGGGACGACAAGAACCUCGUUAUUCUCACAGAGCUGCCCUUCGUUGUAGCUUUCCAUGAAAGAGUGAAGAUAUUUCACAAGUUUCUGCAGAAGGACAAGGAAGAAUUCCAGACCGAGAACAGUCCGUUCAUAGGCAUCCGAUCUGUCAGUGUGAUGAUCAGGAGGAACUAUAUCUACAAGGACGCCUUUGAAAAACUAUCACUAGACAAUGAAUGAUUGUUUACAAGUGGCCAAUUUUUCCAUUCGGUGCCCACUUUGAAGUACAAGACGCGUGUUCAGCUGGUGAAUGCAGCAGGGAUGGAUGAGGCAGGUAUAGACGGGGACGGCAUCUUCAGGGAGUUCAUUGGACAGCUGCUGAAGUUUGGCUUUGAUCCCAACCGAGGGUUCUUCAGUCAGACCACUGACAGACUUCUGUUUCCCAACCAGCAGUCUGCUCUACUGGUGGAUAACUUUGAAAAACAUUACUUCUUCCUGGGCAGGAUGCUGGGAAAGGCGAUCUAUGAGAAUAUACAAGUUGCGCUUCCAAUGGCGUCCUUUUUCCUGUCUAAGCUGCUAAGUCGUCACCUCCACAACUUGGAUAUUAGUCACCUAGCCUCCUUCGACCCAGAGAUCUACAAGAACCUGCUCUUCCUCGAACACUACGAGGGAGAUGUCAGCAAUCUUGGCCUCAGCUUCACUGUGGCUGUUGACGAGUUUGGGAAAACAAAGGUUGUAGAGCUGAAACACGGUGGCCGGAACAUACCAGUUACAACCAACAAUCGCAUAGAAUACAUUCACCUCAUGGCAGACUUCUAUCUAAACAAGCGGAUUCACAAGCAGUGUGCUGCAUUCCGUAAUGGUCUGUCUGACCUACUGAACCUGGAGUGGCUGCGGAUGUUUGACCAGCAGGAGUUACAGGUGCUCAUCUCAGGUGCGGCGGUACCCGUAGAUAUAGACGACCUACGCACGUACACCAACUACAGCGGUGGGUAUGCGGCCGACCACCCGGUCAUCAAGAUGUUCUGGGAGAUAGUGGAGGACUUUACAGAUGAACAUAAGAGGCAGUUACUCAAGUUCAUCACUAGCUGCUCUCGACCACCUUUGCUGGGAUUCAAGGAGCUGUAUCCAGCCUUCUGCAUCCACAACGCAGGCUGGGAGGCGGACCGACUUCCUAUGGCAAGCACCUGCAUAAACCUGCUCGAGCUCCCAGAGUUCCAUGACUAUGGAAUGCUCAGAGACAAGCUCCUGUACUCCAUAGAGUCAGAAGCAGGCUUUGAACUCGGCUGA